AUGGGCUACUCCGAGUUCAGCAAGGCCGACUGGGGCGCCCCUUGGGGACGCACAGCCUGCGUCGUAACCGCCGAGGAUGGCACUUGGGGGCUAGGCAUCACGACCAACAGUGCGCCCGUCAACAGCAUCAUCAACGACCAAUUCGCUCCCAUCCUUGUCGGCCAGAACUGCAUGGCGACCGAAAAGGCGUGGGAUAUGAUGCAGCGCGCAACCACGGCCUACGGUAAUGUCGGCUUGGCGAGCUACGCCAUCAGCGCCGUGGACAACGCGCUGUGGGACCUCAAAGGCAAGCUGCUGGGCAGGCCCGUAUAUGAACUGCUGGGCGGUCCCCAGAAGGACAAAAUCUUCUGCUACGCCAGCAACACCGCAUCGACUGGUUCCUGGAGACUGGGAUUCAAGGCAGUGAAGCUCUUCCUGCCGCACGGUCCGAACGAGGGCAUUGAGGGGCUGAACAAAAACGUCGAGCUUGUGGCUCGCACGCGGGAGCAGAUUGGCGAUGAUGUUGAGCUGAUGCUUGACGCCUGGAUUUCGCUGAACACGGAAUAUGUCGUGCGCCUGUCUGAGGCGUUGAAGCCUUAUCGCCUCAAGUGGCUCGAAGAUUACUUGCCGCCCUACGACAUGGACAGCUACAUCAAGGUGCGCCAGCGCAUUCCCCAUCAGAUACUCGCUACCGGCGAGCACUGGCACACCAUACACCCGUUUGCGCUGGCGGCAGGGCAGGGAAUCGUUGACAUAAUGCAGCCCGAUGUCGCGUGGGUCGGUGGCAUCACCGCCAUCGUUCGCAUCUGCCACAUAGCCGAGGCGCAUGGCUUAACAGUCAUCGCGCACGGCGGGAUGAAUUACCCCUACGGGCAGCAUCUGUCCCACGCCAUGCCUGCAAUCGCAUGGGGCGAGCGCUCCGAAGGCGUGUCACCGCCGGGCGUCCCCCUUGAAGAGAUGAUCGUCCUGCCCGGAACACCCGCCAUCAAGGACGGCUACCUGACGCCGAGCGACGCUCCCGGUUUCGGCUUCGAAAUCACAACCGAUUGGCUUGAAAGCCGUGCAGUCUGA